UCACCACCGCCUCUCCGUUUUGUCAAAUGCUCGCAGUCUUGCUGCUCAAUUCUCAAAUCCUCGCAUUCGGCUUGCGUUGCUCGUGGAAUUUCAGCUUUUCCGCAUUCCGCUGAAGGCUAAGCCGACAGGCCAGCCUAAGGCUUCCACGAAAGGACCGAGUGAAGUCGAAGCGAGUGGUGCGGCGAGGAUCGUUGCGAUCGCCGCGUCUGGCGGUCGCUACCAGAUUUAAGAUAUUCCCGUGACGAAUCAGGAUCCCGGAUCUGGUGAUAUUGCCCCAAUUAUCGCGUCGCUCCCCAUGGACGGCCCGUUGCUGGGCUGUCGCUCAGCCGUCAACUCUGCCGUCAACCCGGUCUCGCUUUCUGGCGGCCCGAAUCGCCUCUCUAAAAUACCCCUAGUUUCACCAUUCUUAGACUCAUCGGCCUCGCAUGGCGGCGCCCUGAUUCCAGGAAAUUCCAAGAUCGUGAUUCCUGCAUCCACGUCGCCAUUAUCCUCUCACCCGAGGACACGUGUCGCAACGCCACGUGUCGCGAAGCCGCCGAGCGCGGUGCUGUACGAGCCACCGUCGUUCCUGCGCGAUGCGGCGACGGUGCGGCGCAUGGCGGAGCGCGACUUCGGGAGCGGGCACGGCGUGCUGUACGACACGCCGCAGCGCGGAUCCGCGACGCCGUACGGCGCGACGGCCGUCGACAACGGCGUGAACUUCGCGGUCCACUCGUCCGGCGCCACCGCCGUGUCCGUGUGCCUCUUCACCCCGGAAGGCCUGGCGCAGGGCAAGCCGAGCGCGGAGGUGCCUCUGCACCCGAUUCUGAACCGCACAGGCGACGUGUGGCACAUCUACCUGCCGGCGCUCUCGCGCAACCUGCUCUACGGCUACCGCAUCGACGGGCCCUUCGCGCCGCAGAAAGGCCACCGCUUCGACGCCUCCAAGAUCGUCCUCGACCCCUACGCCAAGGCCGUGCUAAGCCGCGAGACGUACGGCGAGGUGGCGCCAGGCGGCGAGUGCUGGCCGCAAAUGGCGGGCAUGGUGCCGCAUAAGGAGGACGACGAGUACGACUGGGAGGGCGACACCCCUCCGCGCCACGCCAUGAAGGACCUGGUCAUCUACGAGGCGCACGUGCGCGGCUUCACGCGGCACGGCAGCAGCGGCGUGCAGCACCCGGGCACGUACCAGGGGCUCGUGGAGAAGCUGCCGUACCUGCAGGCGUUAGGGGUCACUGCCGUGGAGCUGCUGCCGACCCAUGAGUUUAAUGAGUUGGAGUACUAUGCAUACAACCCCAUUACCAACGACUACAAGAUGAACUUCUGGGGCUACAGCACGGUGGGGUACUUCGCCCCCAUGAUCCGCUACGCAGCAGCAGGCAGCGUGGAGUGCGGGCGGGCGGCGGUGCGCGAGUUCAAGGACAUGGUGCGCGCGUGCCACCGCCACGGCAUCGAGGUCAUCCUGGACGUGGUGUUCAACCACACGGCAGAGGGCAAUGAGCUGGGACCGACCAUCACGUUCCGGGGGAUCGACAACCGCGUGUUCUACAUGACAGCUCCCAUGGGCGAGUUCUACAACUACUCGGGCUGUGGCAACACCUUCAACUGCAACCACCCGGUCGUGCGCAAGUUCAUCGUCGACUGCCUCAGAUACUGGGUGCAGGAGAUGCACGUGGACGGCUUCCGAUUCGACCUCGCCGCCAUCCUCACCCGCUCCUCCAGUCUGUGGGACCGCAGCAACGUGUAUGGCACCAGCAUGGACGGCGGGGGCAGCAGCGGCGAGAGCAGUGGCGAGGAGGGCGACGGCGUGACCACGGGGUCGCCGCUGGCAGAGCCGCCGCUGAUCGACGCCAUCUCCAACGACCCCGUGCUGCGCGAUGUUAAGUUAAUAGCGGAGGCAUGGGACGCGGGGGGUCUGUACCAGGUUGGCAACUUCCCCCACUGGGGCGUGUGGGCCGAGUGGAACGGCCAGUACCGGGACGCAGUGCGGCAGUUUGUGAAGGGCACGGACGGCACCAUCGGCAUGUUCGCAGAGGCGCUCUGCGGCUCGCCCAACCUCUACAAGCCGGGCGGGCGGCGGCCGUGGCACAGCAUCAACUUUGUGACGGCGCAUGACGGGUUCACGCUGGGCGACCUGGUGGCGUACACGAGCAAGCACAACGAGGCCAACGGCAACGACAACACGGACGGCGAGGAGCACAACCUCAGCUGGAACUGCGGGGAGGAGGGAGUGCCAGCCAGUGUGGCAGUGGAGCGGCUGAGGCAAAGGCAGAUCCGCAACUUCAUCCUCGCACUCUUUGUCUCCCAGGGAGUGCCCAUGGUGCACAUGGGAGACGAGUACGCGCACACCAAGGACGGCAACAACAACACCUACUGCCACGACUCCCAGAUGAAUUACUUCAACUGGGACAGGGCAGCGGAGGACUCCUCCGGUGUGCUGCGCUUCUUCAGAGCCGUCGCUGCCCUCCGGAAGGAGUUCAAGUGUUUCCGUCUGGACGACUUCCCCACGGCGCAUCACCUGCAGUGGCACGGCCUGACCCCCGCCAACCCCGAUUGGUCUGACACAUCCAGAUUUAUCGCCUUCACCAUUCAUGACGAUGAGGGCACGGAGCUCUACGUGGCGUUCAACACGUCCCACCUCCCCUCAGUGGCCACUCUCCCUGACCGCUACGCGCGCACGUGGCAGCUGCUGGUGGACACCAGCAAGCCACCGCCGUACGACGUGCUCUCGCCCGACCUCCCCGCGCACGACCGCGCGAUCGCUGUUGCGCAGUCGGCGCCGCUGCUGGCUGCGGGAUUCUACCCGCUGCUGGGAUACUCUGCUGUUGUGCUGCAGUCUGUGGCUGAUGAUUGAGAAGGGAGGGGAGGUGGAGGUAGGGAGGGUGGUCUGGGUGUUUCUUGAGUGGUGUUUGGGGGAGGGAGAGGGAGGGGGGGGGGGAUGGAGGGGGAGAGUUGAGGAGUUGAGGGGAGGUGGCAGGUGGCAGGUGGCAGCACUGAAGUAACCCCCAUGGUAUGCCACGUAGGGCAUGCGCAAAACAUUCUUGUCCCAGACUGCCCACAACUGCUACCCACAGUCAGCAGCACAUCCCCUCACCCCCCGACACACCACACAAAGCUGGUCUCUCCCUACAACUUCUCCGAUUCUUCCUUCAACCACCAGUGCACCAGUCUAGGCAACCGUGAUCAGUCCCCCGCCAUCCACCCAUCCCAAAGAAGAUGCCAUCAUCAUGCCAUGGGCCUGACCCCACCACCGGCAGGCAUCUCGUCUUGCGCAUGCUCUCCGCUGCUCCUCAUGCCAUUGCCGCCAAUGCCAAUUCAUUGCCCUACCAUUGCUCCUACCAUUGCCCUACCAUUGGCUCGCAAUCAUCUGCGGCUUUCCAACCGGCACAUACUAUCCUUGCAGUAUCAUCCCCUGCCUCACCACCUUACAUAGUAGUCCCACCCAAUACCAUGCCCACCCACCACCCCUCUCGCCUUUGCUGUCUGGGUUCCUAUUGACUCGUCUGAGCUUAUGGGGGGGUGACUUGUGGGUAUGCAUUGUACUGCGCAAGUUGGGGGUUCCCUGUGCGUUUUAUGGCAUGGUAGCUCCGUCCAGACUUGCUCACUAAAUGAGAUUUCUUGCAAUAUUAUUGACUGUACAAAUGGUUUGGAAGCUGCUUGGAUAUUUAGUCA